AUGGAGCCAAGCCAGUGGCUACGGUCACUGCUUUCAGGCGGUGCACCGUCUGCUGGCGCAGAAUUCUGUUUGGACAAGGACGUGUCUUACGCCCACCGCGUUGACAACGUUGCGGGCUGGAACUGGUGCUUAGUACCAGAUGGCGGCUACGAUGCCGUUUUCUUCGCGGGCGUGGCCAUCGCUGUCAUGUGUUUGGCCUCCCCGCGUUGGGAUGCGCUCAUCGUCCUGUUCUUCGGAGGCAUCUACUUCACUUUUUCAUACUACUACAACUUGGAACAUGUCAGCAAUGCAGUCAUGCUUUGGCUGGGCAUGCGCCCAGCCGAUAUCUUCGUGUUUGUGUUUUUGCCACCUUUCCUGUUGGAUGCAUCCGUGCGGAUAGACUUCUUCAUGUUGAAGAAGGUCGCCUUCAACAUCGCCUUCAUGGCGUUCGUGAUGGUGGCCGCCUCGGCGCUGCUGCUUAUCCCCUUCAUGCUCUAUGCACUGGACCUCAGCUCCUCCGGCUGGACGGCAGGCUACGUGGCGCUGUUCGGCUCCAUGAUUGCCUCCACAGAUGCCGCUUCCGUGUCCGCGGUGCUGCGCGGCGGCGGCGGCUCGGAAAUCCUGUCUGUGCUUCUGGAGGGGGAAUCGCUUUUCAACGAUGCAUCCUCGCUGACGCUGUUUGAGAUCUUCAAGGAGGUGGUGCUGGAGGAUGCCAAGACGACACUCGCGCACGACCUGCAGGGCAUCGUGGAGAAGACCGUGUGGUCCGCUUUCACGGGCAUUUGCAUUGGGCUUGCCAUGGGCAUUUUUACGCGCUGGAUCUUUGCCUGGUUGCAACACCGCAACAUGGAGGCCACGGCGGAGGUGGCCUGGUCGGUGGCGGGCGCCUACCUCAGCUUUUACAUUACACAGGUAUGGUGCAAGGGCUCGGGAUGCAUCGGUGCGGUGGUGUUUGGGCUGUACGGCAGCUCCACGCUGCUGUGGGGCAUGAGCACCAAGGCGCGACUGACGGGCAUCUUCACCCAGUUUUGGGCCGUCAUGGCGUUCGUCAUCAACGGCCUGAUCUUUUUCUACGUGGGGGCCUCCUCCGUGAACUUCACAAUCAGGUCCGCUCGGUCGCUGUAUGUGGACUCCGGUGGUAUUCCGUUGGUCAAGAUCCUGCUGUACAAGCUCCCACUUAUUUUCCUGGCGUCUUUCGCGCUGAGAUUCAUACUGAUCUUCGUAAGUUUUAAGUUAUUUCAGCUGGUGCGGCUGAGCGAGGGGUUGUCUAUUCAAGAGGUCAUAUUCGUGACGGUGGGCGGUCUGCGUGGCAGUCUGUCGCUGGUGCUGGCGCAGUCGGCCGCCACGCUGGCGUCCACUCACACUGAGGACGAGACCAACCGGCGAGUCAAGGCGGAGAUUGCGAUCUACACUGCGGGAUAUGUGAUCAUGACGCUGUUGAUUAACGCUCCGUUGUGCGGCCCGUUGCUGACACUGCUGGGUCUGGAUAAGGUCCGGCAGGAGCAGCUGGCAAUGCGGGGAGAGGUUAAGAACUUGUUCCGCAAGUUCUCUUUGACCGCCAUCGAGGAUCUGGCUGCCGGUCAAGACGAGGAUGAGCUGCUCCAGGGCUUGGACUGGGCCAUGCUGAAGUUGCACACCAACUUUGACAAGCAGCUGGACAACGAGCUACCCGAGGUCCAGCCCCGCGUCCGCUGGGUGUCUCGCGGCUACUGGCUGAAUUUAUUUACUGCACCCCUGCGGCUGGGUCGCCACUUGGCGGCAUGCCUCCGUGGCCGCUGCAAUCCGGAUGCUUUGGAACUGGAGUCGCGCGACGACAGGCAGCAGCAGGCGCUCAACAGGCAGCAGCAGGAGGCCGAGCUGAAGCGCGCAACAAACAUCAACCUCCGAGAAAUCAACCGAGGCGAAUCACGGGCCCCGGGGCCCCCAAGCCGCUUGCUGUCCUCGCUGGUCAUUCGCGACUCCUCUGCCAACAUCUCCAGCGCGGGGACCCGUGGUCUCACCUCACCCGCCGCCUACUCCACCUCUGCUGGAGCCAGCGGCCGCAGGCCUUCAUCCGCUGUUGCUGUCGGCAACAGUGGAUUGCGCCGCAACAACUCCCACCGGCUUUCAUCCCUGGUUGUGGGGCCGCCAGGCGCCGCUGGCGGUGGUGUCAACGGCAUCGACCGCGAGCCAUCAGUGCACGGCCGUGUUGGCUUUAACCGGAGCAACAGCCGGUUCUUGGAGGGCGCCGUGGCGGGACCUGCUAUUUGCCUCUUGUCCUCGCAGCAGCAGCAGCCGGUAUCGCCGAACGGCGGCGACAACGGGGGCCUUCCGCCGGUCCUGCCCCUGGUGAUACCGGAGACGCCGUCCGACGGCGGCUGUGCACCUGGCACCGCCGCUGCCGCAACAUGUGCGGCCAUACCAGCAGCCGUAUCGGACGGGACCAUCGUUGAAGAGGCGCAGAUUGACGUGGUGCUGUCGGCUCCCUUGCCGCUGCCAUUGCCGCGCGAUGCAGAGAAGUCGCAGCGCCUGGAGGUGGCCCCUGUGGAGCAGCAGGCGGCGGAGGGAGAGCAGCAGCAGGCGCAGGCCGGUGAUGGUGACGACGGCGGGGGCAGGGACGGUCUUGUAGACGCCGAGCUCCUGUUGUUGGCUCGCGCACAGGAGGAAAGGAGUGCGGAGGCCGCUGUCGUCUCGGCAGCGACUCGACACCCCUCCAAAAUGUCUUCGCGCGCAUCCGGCGGGGACUCCUUGAUUGAGGCAGCCCUCAUGGCGGCGAGCUCGCCCUCAGGACUGGAGGCUCCGGAGCUGCCGCCGCUGCAGCAGCAGUUAUCAGGCACGCAGGGCCCGCCGCCCUCGCCGCCGCUCACUGCCCGGCCGCGGCUCUCCGCGCCAUCCAGCCCACGCCUUUCAAAUCCUGUCGCGCGACCAAGUCCCCUGUCACGAGUAGCUGUUGGCGGUGGAGGAAACGGAUCGCCUUCGGCGGGAUUUUCUCGUCUACAUCCCUCUGCCUCGCUGCCCAAGUUGAGCACGCUGGACCAGCGGUCGUCGGAAGUAGCCGCCAGUGGGCCCGUUUUGGCCGGGGCGACUUCGGAGCCGGAGCCGGUGGCGCGCCAUGCAUCAGGCAGCUUGGAGGCGGCAGGCGGUGACCGGGGACUAUUGCAGAGCGUGCUCGUAAUCAAGCCAGGACGCGGUUCCGCGUUGCCGACCAGCUCCAUAGGCCCCAGUGCCGGUGUGCGGCUGGUGCAGCGGCUGGGGGAUGACGGCGGCAGAGGCAGUGCGCUGGAGGCCUUGCGGACGGACACGUUAACAGCGGGCGGUCGGGGCCUCGGCCGCGGCUCCGUGCGGCUGGGCGCAACCACCGCACAGUCGCCACAACAGCAGCAGCAGCAGGAGCCACCAGCUGCCGACUCCGAAGUGUCCAUGGUACCUCCGUGGGGUGGAGCGCACUCCACCGCGAGCGCUACGGCGGCGGGGCCGGCGGCGGCUGCGGCUGCGGACCGGCCUCUGGGUCGCACCUCCCUCUCUGCACCCACCGCGGGGAGGUCUCUGGGCCGUAGCAGCGGAGUCUUCCCGGCCAUGGCGGAGGGUGGCCUGAGCUCUGUGGGCUCGAUGCCGUUAGGUCCCAGCCCCUUCGAGUUCGUGAUGCCCCCCGAUGAAGGGGCCGCGGGGCCUUCCUUUGGGGACGCCUUCCAUGCAGCCACACGCGGUGGUGGUGGCGACGCUGCACCCCUGGGUCGGGGCUCUGUGCGACAGGGCGCAGCCGACGGCGGCCUCGGCCGCUCGUCCAUUCGCGCCGGCGGUGGCGCUGCUGACGGUGGAGGUCUGGCAAGGCCGUCUACACGGCAGGGGGCGGCAGGCGGUGGUGGUGGUGGUGGCGGUGGUGGUGGUGCACUGAGCCGGGGUUCCGUCCGGUUGGGCCGUCAGGGAGGCCUCGCCGCCGUCUCCACCCACCUGGCCCGCAUCUAUGACACUGACAGCACAUCCACUGCCGCCGCUGCUGACGGCGUGAAUGGCCGGCUGGCCCUUGCCGCGCCGGAGCAGAUACAGCCAAUGGGCUCCUCGGUGCUGCCGCAGCGCGCCUCCAUCACGGGUGCGCCCUGCCCUUCGCCCACCUUGCCCGGCCACGGGCUCGGCCACAGCAGCAACAGUCAUAUUGCCCUGCAGAUGCAGAGCUUCCAGCAGCGCGAGUCCUCCCAGCAGCAGCAGCAGCAGUUGGCGAGUCAGAGUCUGGGCGCGGCCCAGUACAGUCUCGGUGUCACCGGCAACAAGAACGUCCUCAUGUCGCUCAUCCGCCGGUCCGCAAGUCAGAAUCGGAGCCAAACUGAUCGCGGUAGUGGCGGUGGCGGCGGUGGCGGCCGCGACCAGUCAGGCCGUAGCCCGGAGUUGGGUCGGCGCACUCGGUUCGCGGAAGGCAGCGCCGCGGCGGCCUUGGCGCGCGCAUCGGCGUCUGGGGCGUUGCGCCAAUCGAGCAGUGAGAUUGAUGCCGGUGGUGGCGGCUCUGCGGGUGUGUGCGACCCGCUGUUGGUGGAAUAUCGCCUGAGGCUGCUGACGGGGCUCAAGCAGUACUACAAACAGAAGCAUGCAGCGGGCAGCCUGAGUCCCUCAGCAUACAAGGUCCUGAGCUACAUUGCCGACCAGUCUGCCCAUCACCCCGAGGAGCCCCUGCAGCUGUGGGCCAUGGCCAAGAAGGAGAUUAGCAGCGGCCCGGUGAUGGAGGUGGAGGUGGCGCUCUAUUUCAAACUAAAACAGUGGACAGCCGCCGCCAAGGCGUCGUCGGUUACGCUGGUCCGCACGGUGGUUCCUCGUCUGCUGGUGCCCUUUGUCCGACUGAUCAGCAGCCACACCUCGGCCGCCACCCUGCGUGGGUUGGAAACAGCGGUGGAGCUGUGGGCCUCACUCACUCAGAGCCUGCAAACUGAAUGGCUGCAAUACAGCGGGGUGUAUGGAGAGAGGCUGCUGGAUGAGGUUCAGCACGAGGCUGAUGGCGCCUGGGCGUACAUCAUCGAGCGCCGCAUUGAGUCCCCCAAGAAGUUCGGUGCGGUGCAGACCCACCGGGCCGUCAUUGACGUGCUCACACAGCAGCAGGCCUUUGUGAAGUCCAUGAACGAGGGCGGGAUGAUUGAGGAGUCUGAGUGCCGCAUGAUCGUGGAGAUGGUUGAGAAGCGGUUGCAGCUGCUGGCCCGGCGGGGUCCCCGCUGGCGGCAGCCCACCGUGAUGGACAUCCUGAUGGGCACCGCGGUGCUGAGGGGGGUGUCGCCCAAGGUGGUGGAGUGGAUCCGCAAGAACAGCACCUUCAGGGUGUACCCGCAGGCGGGUGGGGGACGCGGUGCCGCCAUCUGGGACAUGGGUCGCAAGCAGGCGGGCGCGGAGCCGGACGGCCUCAUCAUUGUGAUUCGGGGAGUGGUGCGCAUGAUGCUGGAGCAGGAGGGCGCCCUGGUGCCGUACUACCUCGGUGCGGGAGGUGUGGGGGGUCUGGUCAGCUGUGUGCUGGAGAGCCACGUACCCGGGAUGAGCUCCGCGGCGGCCUACGCGGAGGGGAAUGCGCUGGGCAAGGGCCCACUGGUGAUGCACGUGCCAUGGAGCGUGCUGCAGGUCCUGAAGCGGCUGAGUCGGGAGGAGGGUCUGGCUCAGUUCCAAGCUCUCGACCUGCAGAUGUACCGCACUGCUGCGGUGUAUGUACUGGACCUGCUGAGGCAGCAGGUUACCCAGCAGUUCUCCGCGUUCAUCCGCUCCUCGCUGCUGACCAUCCUGUCCUCUCAGCGGCUGGACGGGCCCAUGGGUCGGCGGCAGCGCAUCCGGCUGCUGCUGCAGCCCGCAGCAGCCGACUACAUCGUGGACGGGGCCAUAGACUGGAUUGGCGAGCUGCUCAGCACCGACUUGGAGGUGGCGCGUAUGCUCCUGGAGCCCAACGGCGUUGGAAGCAACAACAACAACAACAACAACAUUGCUGCGACUGCCACAACCUCCAGCCACCAUCACCAUCACUCCAGCCAUCACUACCACCAUUCGCAUCACCACCAUCACAACGGCCUCAGUAGCACAACAAACACCAGCAACCACAGCAGCCACCAACGCCGCCACUUGAGCCAUCACGUAAGCCCCAGCGGGAGCGGCGGCGGCGCCGCCGCUGCUGGCGUCGAUGUUGCAGCUGCCGCCGCUGCUGCCGGCGACGGCGGCGCUUCCCCAACGGAAGCUGAGCAGCAGCAGAACCAGCAGAUGACGCUCGCCCGGUUGAUCGCGAGUCCUUGGGUUGAGGUGAUGUACAAGGCCAUAGCUGCCGCCACCGGGGCGGUGCUGGACAUCAUUCGCACCUCACUCAAGGACUCGCUGCUGGUGGUGCUGGGGCCCGGACAGGGCAUCAUACAGGGGAGUACCAUGGUGCUUAUACAGGGCUCCCUGGAGCCCGCCCACGUGGCCGAGGCCGACGGCGCGGGUGGCGGUCCCUUCGUGGCCUCCAGCAACGAGUUCCACGUGGCUCCCUCCGUCAUGGUGUGGGUGUCGGACUACUUUGCGGGGGAGCUGGUGGCGCAGAAGGAGCUUCGAGUGAUGGCGGGGCCGCAGGGAGCCACACUGCUGCUGUGGGGCGUGCGGCCCGAGGACCUGCUGAUCAACGAACCGGCCAAGGGUGGUGCGGCGGAGCUGCCGCCGAGCAAGGACAGCGGAGGCGGCGCCGCCGCCUCCGCCGCCAAAAAGCACGCCUCCGCCAACAAGUCCGAGUCGGAUCCCGGUCGCGGCAUUCUCUCCGUGUCCAAAUCCAGGGGCACGCGGGCACGGCAGGAGAGCGGGAAGGGAAAGACGGAGGCCACGGCGGUUGCCAAGGCACCAGCGAUGAAUGGGGGGAUCGGUGGUGGGGAAAAGGACGGCGGCGAACCGAAGUCCCCAAGUGCGGGUCAGACGGGUGGUAGAGGCAGGUAG